CUUUUUUGGAUGUUGGGUACCGUCAGCAAUCCGCCACGGGAUGUCAAUAGUUCGACCUGCUCUACAAACCGCUGCUACAGUAAAGCAAAGUCCCUCAGAGCAAGAAACAGAAAGACAGCAACAACAAAUCCCCGAUCCCUUACAUUACCGGCCCCUAGCGGCUGCCGAAUGCUCAACGCGACCGCAACCGAGCCUCUACCGUUCUGUCUUCCUACGCGACCCGGUUCAGAAACGUGUUCAGGAUGUCGACCUUGGCGUUCAGAUUCAGAUGAUGGGUUGGUUGCAUGGCUAUAUGAAAAUCCAGAUCGGAUCUUGUAUCCCACCCAUCUACUUCACUGCGAACCUCCCCACCCACCCCCCUCCCUUCCAAUCGUACUGCGGCGUACCUAUCGUCGUAAUCGCAGUAACACGGGCUAAUCAAGGUUCAUCGAACGAACCUCCCCCGCAUGCCGAAAAGAUCGAGAUGCCGAAGAUCAAUGCGUUCCGAGAUUCCAGGAGGGCGCUUCUGCUGUCGUCCUCGCAAGCGUACAGUGUGUACAGGAGUCCCUUCAAGACGCGUCCCGAUGACCGCGACCCCAUACUAGCCACUCAUAGACUCACAGUUGACAUGGCGCAGCUGCUACACGUACAAGAUGUGCAAGACGUUUCCGUGGUCGGCGUGCACGUCGUUUCGUGUCGCACACCUGGCGUCAUUUCGGACUUGCCGAACCCAUUCCGACUGGGUCCUCUGGAACAGCUCGGAGAUGUCAUCAUCCCUAUCAACUCGGUCUUCGUCUACAGGCGGCCGAACGUCAAUGCCAAUCUGGUGCGUGACGAGUUCAUGCCGAUAGGUCGCCUUCAGCACGCGCUGGAAGGUCUGCUCGACCAUUAUCCUCAUCUUACCGGGCGGAUUACCGUCAAUCCGGAUGACGGGCGUUGGUCGAUCUGGCAGAUGGGAUCGGGAGUCCACCUUGUCGAAGCGACCUGUACGGGUCCUCUAGGGUUCGCCUCGUCCGAUUCGCAAGACAUUCGCAAUGAUACUCGUCCAGGUCGGAUCUUGAACCUGCCUGCGGGGGGCAACGGUUUGUUCCCGCACCUCGAGCUCGAUCCGGUCGAGGUGAUGAGAGGUCCCAUCUUGAUCAUCCAGCAUACAAGGUUCUCUUGCGGUUCCGUCGCCCUCGGCAUCCGGAUCACGCACAAGGUCUGCGAUGCUGAAGGGUACUUCCAGUUGGUCCGGGAUCUCUCGGCCAUCUACCGCUCGCCAACUUGCUCGAGCGACGUCGUCGAACGGCCGCAUAUUCUCUCUUACCUACACGAUCUGAACAGAGAGACAUGCAGUGCGAACGAAUUGUCACGCAUUUUGGCUUUUCGACCGACGUUGUUCCAAUUGAAUGAUGAGCCAGAGGACCGUGCUUCAGAAUCGCUUCUCGAAGCCAAGGAUUCAGUUCGACCAGCACCUGGCCAUGUCGUUCCGCCCGUGUCGGGGCGGUUUUAUCACAUAUCGAGCGAUCAGCAAAGGCUGCUGAAAUCGAUGGCUACGCUCCCGCAAGGUGAUGGCUGGAUUUCCACGUUCGAAGCGCUGUCAGCGCUGCUGUAUCAGUCAAUACACAAAGCGAGGAUGUCGCUUCGCCGAUAUCAGGACCAGGCUACGGAAGUCCUCGCACCUCUCUCAAGACCCGACUUCCUUACAUCGGUCAAUGUGCGGACUCGACUGGACUUGCCCGAUCGGUAUUUCCCCAAUGCCCCGGUUUGCGUUUCAACCCACCUAGAACCCGACGUCCUGGCCAGGAUCCCGCUCUGGCAGGUGGCCCAACGGAUCCACGAAAUCGUUCGGAGUCAGGCCAUCACGUCCGGGACCGAACUCCGAGAGACGAUGCGAUGGAUUCAGCUGCAACCCGACAAGAGCAAAAUCAAACAGGAAUUCAUCUUUGGCAACGGAAGUUUCAUGAUCAGCCAGUGGCACAAGUUUGACAUGUACAGCGCUGCUUUCGAUAACGAGCCCGAUCUCGUAUCGCCGCCUUUCACUGCGAUCUCCCUAAUCGACGGUCUGACGUAUGUCCUUCCGGCCGAGGAUAGGUCGCCAACCGCGGACAAGGGCGCUUUCGUAUGCAAUCUAUCCUUGGCUAAUCCUCUCUGGGACGUGCUCGAGCAAGACCCGGUAUUUUCUAGUAUCUUCGAUUCCAGUCCGGAUGAUCCGACUGCGGAAGCCCACAUUUCACAGCGUUCAGCGAGGUUGUCGCACACCACUAUGUUCCGUAGUCCUCGCUUGCGGUCAACCCCAGUGACUUUUACUGGCACAAGUGCCUCAUCACGGUGA